GGCGAGCGACGUUGUGCCUUUUAGUGGCCGGGGUUCGGCGAGGGAUGGCGCCGAAAAGAAAAUUUGCGUUCGAGGGGAAGAGGAGGCCGGUUUGGCAAUUCACCCUGAACAUCUCCAAUCCAGUGGAAGAUGGUAUCCUUGACUCGGCCAACUUUGAGCAGUUCCUGAGGGAGAAGGUCAAGGUCGGAGGGAAGGCUGGGAACCUGGGCAACGUCGUGCAGAUUGAACGCCUCCGGAACAAGAUUACUGUCACCUCAGCCAAACAGUUCUCCAAAAGGUACCUGAAAUACCUGACGAAAAAGUACCUGAAAAAGAACAAUCUGCGGGACUGGCUGCGGGUGGUUGCCUCCGACAAGGAGAGCUACGAGCUGCGCUAUUUCCAGAUCAGCCAGGAGGAGGAGGAGUCUGACGCAGAGGACUGAAGUGCUGCGAGCAGCAGACACAGAAGUGUGUCCUUCUCAGUGAACAGACAGGACUGUCAUUAACUUAUUAAUAAAACAUCACAGACUGAAAGACCACUUUGCAGAAAACAUGUUCUUUCAUUUUCCAUAUUAGAAACCAGUUGAGAACUUGAGUGGUGGUUACUUGCUAGUGGUGAAGUGACAGAUCAUGCAGCACAAGAGGAUGUAGUCAGCACAUUCGAUCUCCGCUGUCCUGAUUAAAAGCUUUCCC